ACACCGGGUGCCGCGUUAGCUCGCUCGGACACGAUGCCGAAGCAAAUCCACGAGAUCAAGGACUUCCUCCUCACCGCGCGCCGCAAGGACGCGAAGAGCGUGAAGAUCAAGAAGACGGGCGGAAAGACGAAGUUCAAGGUUCGGUGCAGCAAGUACCUGUACACGCUCGUCGUGUCGGACGGCGACAAGGCGGACAAGCUGAAGCAGUCCCUUCCCCCCGGGCUCCAGGUCCAGGCGAUCUAAGCGAUCCGUUUGGUCGGGACGACCGUGGAUCGCGUUGGACGGCGGAGUGAUGUUGCAACAGUGGGGUUUGGACGGAACGGAGCGCGCGCGGAUGGAGGGAUUCGCGUCGCGCCGGUAGUCGGCCGCGCCUCGGCGGUCUACUAGAGACCGCCGAGGCUCCGUCGGCGGAGGGCGCGCGCGUCGGCGGGUUUCGCGCGCGCGCGACGUUCUUGGAGGGUGUUUUUUUUUUCGCGUUGUGAGGGAUGAUUAACCUUUACGCGCUGAUGAGAC